AUGAGUGGGCUUGGCCGGCUGUUCGGGAGGGGAAAGAAGGAGAAGGCACCAACCCCUGAAGAGGCAAUACAGAAACUGAAGGAGACGGAGAAGAUACUGAUCAAGAAACAGGAAUUUCUGGAGCAGAAGAUUGAACAAGAGCUACAAACUGCCAAGAAGCAUGGGACCAAGAACAAGAGAGCCGCCCUACAGGCUUUGCGGAGGAAGAAAAGGUUGGAACAGCAGCUGGCACAAACCGACGGGACAUUAUCCACCCUGGAGUUCCAGCGUGAGGCCAUUGAGAAUGCCACCACCAAUGCAGAAGUGCUUCGUACCAUGGAGCUUGCCUCCCAAGGCUUGAAGAAGGCCUACCAGGACAUGGACAUUGACAAGGUAGAUGAACUGAUGGCUGACAUCACAGAACAACAGGAGGUGGCCCAGCAGAUCUCAGAUGCCAUUUCUCGGCCUGUGGGCUUUGGAGAUGACGUGGAUGAGGAUGAACUGCUGGAGGAGCUGGAGGAGCUGGAGCGGGAGGAACUGGCCCGAGAGCUGUUAGACGUGGGUGACAAGGAGGAGGAGCCCCCAGUCACACUGCCCAGUGUACCCGCUACACAUCUGCCUGCAGAGCCAGCUCCCAAAGCGGAUGAAGAUGAAGCAGCCCUAAAGCAGCUGGCUGAGUGGGUGUCCUGA